AUGGCACUAACUUCAAGAAAAAAAGAAAAAAGAAGUGUACCUCCAACUGAACGAAAAGAAUCCCAUCGAGUAACAAGAAAUGGAUCUUCAAGAACUAGACAAGAUAAAAGAAACGAUAGAUUAUUUAAUAAGACCCAGCUAAUUAAAAAAAUUGAAGGACAUAUGAGGUAUCUCAGUAAUCAAAAACACAACGCACCUGAAGAAGACAAUUUUAUUUAUAGAAAUCAAAUUCAAUGGUUUAACCGUUUGAAAGAAGUUGCCAAAGCUGCGGAUGCGGACGAUCUUUUAACUUUUCAAUCAAUUUAUUCAGAAUUUAAUAGUAAAAAAAAUUAUGAUGACGAAAUUAAAAGUUUACGCAAAGAAAUCAGACAUCUUAAAAAAGAACUUAAUCGUGAAGCGGCUGAAAAUGAAAAUAUGAGAAAUGAAAAUGAUGAAAAUAUCGAUAAAUUGACAAGUCAAAUUGUAAAAUUAACGAGUGACAUUGAAUUAUUAAGAACUAAUUUUAAAAUAGUGGAUGCCGAAAGGAAUCAAAACGAAAUAAAAAUGAAUGAUGCGUUAGCUAAAAGAGAUGAUGCGGAAAGAAAAUAUAAUAUUUUUAUGAAACAGCAUGAAAACGAACUAAGAACAAGAGACGAAAGAGAAACUGCCCUUUAUUCACAAAUUGAAAUUUUACAAAAUAGGGUCAAGGACUUAGAAUCAUUAUUUGGUGUCAGUACAAGAAAUUACAGAGUAGUCAAUAAUGAGAGUUCAAUUUAUCUCAGUGAUAGAACGGAUCUAUACAGUAGAAAUACAAUUGUUGAUGAUAAAGAUACUUAG